CGCGACAUUCUUCCCAACCCUGCUUUGAAUAACAAAUUCCUAACCAAAAAAUAGCAGUAUGUAAAUAACAGUUAAUAAUUUAAAAAAUAUAUAAAGUUUUAAAAAUAGUAACUCAUAAAAAUGAAUGCAUUUACCUCCUUAAUAAGGCGUGUGCCUAAAAUAUCAAAUAUUAUUGUAAGAAAUUAUGCACGUGAACCUUUUUCAAUGAAAUGGACUCGACCGGAAGUGCCGUCUUGUAUUUCAACAGAAAAAAGUGGUGAUUUAGGAUUGGAUUAUAAAAUAAAUCCAAAAGAACCCUGUCAAUUCUACCAAAAUGUUCCCGAAAUGGAAAACUGUGAUGAAAAUAUAAAAAAAAUAUUUUCUCUUGAAUUUAAUUACGCUAAAAAGACAGCAAAAUUAAAAUCUAAUAGAGCUAUUUCGUUAGUAGAAAGUCAUGAUGAGGACAAAUCUUUUGAAGUAAGAAUUGCAAGACUGACGUCUGAGAUACAUAAUUUACAGGAAAUUAUGAAAAAUAAUCCCUCAAAUAAACAAUGUAAAGUAGCGUUAAAAAAUAAAAUUGAAAAACGGCAAAAGUAUCUUAGAGUACUCCGUACUGUCGAUUACAAACGUUUUGAAUGGGUUUUAGAACAAUUGAAUCUUAUCUACAAACCAUUACCUGAAUUUCAUAUGGUAGUGACUAGAAAAGGUUCUUUGAGAGCAUUGGCAAAAAUGCAUUGUGAUAAGAUUGUUGGAGAAAAAUUGGAAGCUUAUAAGAAUGAAUUAAAAUCACAACAAAAGAGUUUUUAUGAAAAGAAAGCCAAACAUCUCGCCUUUAUUAGAGAAGAAGAGAUAUUUUGUGGUGUCGAACCAACAGUAACUGAAGAAGAUAUUGAAAUUGCAAAACAAAUGGCUGCAGAAUUAUAAAACCAAGUUAAUAUUAUUCUUUCACUGUUUUUCACCAUUGUAAUAUUAUAAUUAAUGUACAAAUUAUAUUUUAAAAUCGAUUUACUUUGUCUGAGUAAAAAUAUAUUGAAUAUUUUGUUUGCAAUUAA